CACGCGGCCGCAGGCACCAGGCGGGCGCCCCGGAGCCCCGCGCGGGGAGUGCGGGAUGCCCCGCGGGGACUCAGAGCAGGUGCGCUACUGCGCGCGCUUCUCCUACCUCUGGCUCAAGUUCUCGCUCGUUAUUUACUCUACAAUAUUUUGGCUGAUCGGGGGCCUGGUGCUGUUGGUGGGGAUCUAUGCAGAGAUCGAACGGCAGAAAUACAAAACCCUUGAAAGUGCCUUCCUGGCCCCAGCCAUCAUCCUCAUCCUCCUGGGGGCCAUCAUGUUCUUUGUCUCCUUCAUUGGCGUGCUGGCUUCCCUCCGUGACAACCUGUGCCUUCUCCAGGCGUUUCAGUAUGUCCUUGUGCUUUGCCUCAUAAUGGAGCUCAUUGGCGGCAUGGUGGCCUUGAUAUUCCGGAACCAGACCAUCGACUUUCUGAAUGACAACAUUCGAAGAGGAAUCGUGAACUAUUAUGAUGAUCUGGACUUCAAAAACAUCAUGGACUUUGUUCAGAAGAAGUUUAAGUGCUGUGGCGGGGAGGACUACCGAGAUUGGAACAAAAACCAGUAUCACGACUGCAGCGCCCCCGGACCCCUGGCCUGCGGGGUGCCCUAUACUUGCUGCUUCAAAAACACGACAGAAGUCGUCAACACCAUGUGUGGUUAUAGAACUAUCGACAAGGAGCGCCUCAGCGUGCAUGACAUCAUUUACGUGCGGGGCUGCACCAAUGCUGUGCUCAUCUGGUUCAUGGACAACUACACCAUCAUGGCGGGCCUCCUGCUGGGCAUCCUGCUCCCCCAGUUCCUCGGGGUGCUGCUGACGUUACUGUACAUCACCCGGGUGGAGGACAUCAUCAAUGAGUACUCUGCCACCGAUGGGUUACUGAGUUCCAGUGACAAGCCCAGUGUGGAGGCGGCAGGCACAGGAUGCUGUAUGUGCUACCCCACUUAGGGCCCCCGCCUGGGGAAGCGGCUCCAGCAGGCUAUGUCAGCCAACCCUGCCCAGGCCACACCGUGGGGCCUGGACAGGGCUGUGGCCCAUUGUCCCACACUUGGUCCUGACCAAAACCCAGGCUGGGUUUAGCAUAGUGUCUGCUCAGGGGCCCCAUAGCCUUGCCUCUCAGAGGGGUGGAGCCUACGACCCUCCCCAGCUCCAGGAUUCUGGCCCACCAUGAGCACCGCUGGGCGUGGGGAACAGGGAGGCCCUGCUGUGGGCCUGGGCCGCUGCAAGUCAGGGGCUCAGUGCUCAGCUCAGGGCCCAUUUCAUUUCUGGUAGUGCCUUGGCCUAUAGCGGCUAAAUCCCUGGAGGGCAGUUUUGUAGUGAUUUGUGAGCGGGGAAAGACUACAGCAUACGUGCCCCACAGUGAUGGAAGGGUGGGGUGCAGCCCCUGGACCCCCAUUCUCUCAGCCAUGCUUCAGAGGCCCAACUGAGAGUCUCAGGUGCCUUGAACUUCCCAAGGGCUACUGCUUUGCAGACCCUAUUUUUCAAUGUGACUUUUAUAACAUUAAUUUUGUGUACAGUUAACAGGAUUAGUCAACACUAAUUAGUUAACACUAAUUAGUUAACACUAAUUUUGUGUAAUAAAAGUUGGGUGUUUCCUCAUGACACUAUUCUUGCCCCUCCAAGUCAGUUUAUUAAUCAAACAUUAAAGAUGUGAUUUUUUUUUUUUUUUUUUUGUCUUCUGUUUGGCUUUUGGGAUGGGGAGGGGAUGAGGAAGCCCUCACUUGGGCUAAGAAACUCCUUCUUGGUGCAAGGAUUGAAGGAGGAUACCCUCGGGCCAAGAUUUGGCACAGUUGGGGACACUGAGGCCUGAGAGGAUUAGCAGCCCGCCGGCUGUGUACUCCUGGUUUAGAAAGGCCUCUCCCACUCUGGUGGUGUUGCUACUUAAGGAAAUGAUUUCCCAGCGGCGCUUGUGGGCUGGGCUUGGGGCCUCCUGUGCCUGCUCGUCCUGCUCAGAAUUCACAUGGGAAACCUCAGGAGAACAGGCAGAGAUAGCACCAUUUAUUUUACAAACUGAGAAACUGAGGCCAAGCCAGCUAUGGCAUGAGGCAUCUUCUCCAGGAAGUCAGGCAGAUGGAAACUAGGAAAAUCAAGGGGUCCAGGAAGGAGCAGUGCCCACAAAUUGCCUGAGGCUUUAGAGCCUGAGUGACUCUUUAACAGCAAGGACCUUGUACCCAAGGCCUGGGAGUCCCAGAACAGUCGAUGCUCAAUGCAAAACUUGGUGCCGAUCACCCUCUGCUGGAGAUGACAGGAUUUGCAUGGAUUUUCUGUAAGGUUCUUAGCAGAUAGAGCAAUAGCAAUAAAUUAGCAAGUGCUCUAAACAUGAACUCAACAUAGUAUGUUAAGGGAAUUUCCAUAAGACCCAGAAGUUGAGUGGUUGGAUGUUUGGUCUGCCAGAGUUGCUUGCCGUGGGGCAGGAAGGGGCUGGAGAAGGGUCUUCAGAGGGAUAGAAAGGGCAACAAGAGCAAAAUCAUCAGUGGGCAUCCAUUAGGAACAUGCCUAAACAUAGGUUUUAACUCCUUUAAUCCUCACAGCUGUGUGGUAAGUACUUUUUUUUUUUUGACGGAGAAACUGAUGCACAGAGUGAUUAAAUAACUUGCCCAAGGUACAUAGUAAGUGAUAAAGCCUCACGUGGACACAUGGAACUUGGGGUGCAAAGCUGGUGCGGCUCUCCCCAUGGAUGGUCAUGGAACCACCUUGGGCAGCAUGAUGCAGAGGCACCAUGUCUGGUGGGU